CCAUUGAUAAUCUUUUGGGAAAAUAUUGAGAAGAUUGAAAAAACAGGACUCCCCCCGUUGCGACGGUGAAUAAUGUCAUCUUCGGACCAGGAUUGCAGCACAAAACCGCAGGCUUUGUACCCACUACACUCUUAGUGCAACGCAUGUUGAAUGGUAUACCAAAUGUCUGUUAAGCACUCGGACUGAGAUUUUUCCAUCAAUCACAGACCACACAUGUUAAACAAUUACAAGCGAGGAGGUAGUCACUGAAAACCAUCAUGUCGACGACUGGAAUUCCACGCAAUGAAACAGUGCUGCCGUUGGAAAACAGUUCAGUUAUGGCUGAGGCACUGAUGCCCACGGUCAUUUACAAUUCGACAGACGGCCGCGACCAAUCGCUGACUGAAGCCGGGGGUUUAAUUGCCAUGGUGCUGAUCACCAUCCUGGGUGCUGUCGGCAACACCUGCCUUGUUGUAAUUAUACUGGUAUCCAAGAAUCUAAGAAAGAAUUUGACACAUGCCUAUGUUCUGAACCUCGCGUGCAUAGACGGCUUAGCGUCCAUAUUACUUCUUCCUUUGGCUGCUGUGACAUUCUCACGAGGCAGCUGGCAGCUGGGGAACAGACGUGAAGAACGAUUUAUAUUUGUCAAUGUGACGACGCAGACUGAUCGCACGACCGCCAUAGCAACCGUUUCUGGGACGGACAGAUCUGGCGGGGCGUACACUAACACUGAUCAUGUCCAUAGCCAAGUCGUAAGAACGAGCAAAAGCCCCCCUCACACAUGCAAAGCAUUCCGAACGUUACUUCUCGUCUAUGGAUCUUUUUUGUGUCUUUGGGUACCUUACUACGUCAUUUCAUUGAUAAGUCCAUUCCAGAGCAUUGACACGUAUUAUGUUUUGAUAGCAACUUGGCUUGGCUACGCAUCAUUCGCCAUUAACCCGUUCUUCUACGGUUGGCUCAAUAGAUCUAUCAGAGAACAAAUAGUGGAAGCACUGCAGCACUGUAAACGGAAGAUUUUAUGCCGUGACCCAGAGAGUGCGGUUCGCACUUCAGGUAACAUUGAGGAAGCAGCAAAUGGCGGCGGCUUAGAGAGCGGAGGGGCCUUUGAAGAUUUCUAUCAGUUCAUUGGAUGCAAAGCUAGCUACGAUGCAAGAAAUCGGCCGGGUGAUAUGACAAACAUUGAGCAAAGGUUUUGA